AUGGCGCGACACGGAGCCCAGCCGCAGCACCGAGAUCUGGGCCCCGGCGCUGCACCAAUUCGAGAGCGGGGCCAGCUCCGCUGGUACAUUUACUACACGGCCGCCGACAGCCGGCUGAGCGACCCCUCGGAGCGGGACCGCAGCCACAGGCUCUACGUCCUCGAGUCGGCCGGCAACGACCCCGCCGGGCCCUACGCGUUCAAGGCCAAGAUCGCCGACGUCGGCACCUACCAGAUCGACGGCGAGCCCUUUGUGCACAACGGCCAGGCGUACUUUGCCUGGACCGCGCCCGGCCGCGGCCUCAGCGGCGGGCCUCAGCAGCUGUAUAUCGCGCGCAUGGCCAACCCUUGGACCAUCGAGGGAGACGUCGUCCAGCUCCCCAACGACGGCGGCUGCACCGAAGUCCGCGAAGGGCCUACCCCGCUGUACCGCAACGGCAGGACCUUCCUCACGUAUUCCAGCUGCGACACGGGGAAGCCCGACUACCAGAUCUGGGCCAUCGCCGUCAACAAGGGCGCCAAUCCGCUUUCGCCCGGCGCGUGGACGCAGAUUCCGGGGCCUUUGUUCCGCCGAAAUGACGAGACGGGCGUGUGGGGGCCCGGCCACCACUUCUUCUUCAAGUCGCCCGACGGCUCCGAGGAUUGGAUCGCGUACCACGGCAAGAACACUGCGGAAUACACGUACUCGUUCCGCAGCACGCGCGCCCAGCGCAUCAGCUGGAACGCCGACAAUACCCCCAACCUCGGGAAGCCGCUGGCCGCGGGUGCUACCCAGAGGCUGCCGUCGGGCGAUCCGGGCCCGGGCGCCAUCGCCAUCGACGACUUUAGCACGACUCAGGGCAAGUACUACAUUUCUUACACGGGUAGUUGGACCGAGGGGAAGACGUGUGGUAGGGUCUACCUCAGCCCCAAGCUCAGUGCUGGUGCGCACACUUUGACGAUCACGGUGACGGGGAAUAAGCCCGAGAGCGCGACGAAUUCGUACAUUACCGUGGACCGUGCCGAGGUGUACGCGUGA